AUGGAUAUUAGUCCUCUUGUGAGUGCGUCCCAUGAUCUGAAUCUAGCAGAAGAUAGUGGAGUCCAAAAGGUUGCAAGAGAGUUGGACAAUGCUUGUAAAGAGGCUGGUUUCUUCUAUGUGAAGGGGCAUGGAAUUCCAGACUCACUGCUAAAUGAAGUUAAAAAUGUUGUACAAAAUUUCUUUGAUCUUCCAUACGAAGAAAAGGUCAAGAUUAAGUUGUCUCCGGCGACUGGAUACAGAGGUUAUCAGAGAAUUGGAGAAAACAUAACUCUUGGAAAACAAGAUAUACAGGAAGCUAUUGAUUGCUAUAGACCAAUGGAACCUGGAGAAUAUGGAACACUUGGUGAAACGAUGGAAGGGCAGAAUUUAUGCCAUCUUACAGUUUUUGUUGAUGGGUUCAUCUAA